AAAUGGUGAAACGAACGACUUUAAGAUAAUCCAAUUUAUUAAUAUAUCAUAGUAAGUGUCAUUCUUUUGAGGCUAGUCUGUCAGUUACAAAAAAAAGUAUGGAAGUUUGUUCUUUUACUAAGUGAUUAUCAUUGAAUGCUAUAAUAAUUAUGGAUAACGAGAAAAAUGAAGAGUGUAAUAAAAGUGAUUCUGAAUCACGAAAUGUGAUGCCUGUGUCGCAGCCAGUGCGUGCUAAGAGUUUGUUACGCGCAAACUUGGAAAAAUUACGGUGUGGAGUUUUGCAAAGCAGAAUGCCGAACAUCAAGGUUUUUAGUGGUACUUCUCAUCCGGAUCUUGCUCAAAGAAUAGUUGACAGACUUGGUAUUGACAUUGGCAAAGUAGUCACAAAAAAAUUCAGCAAUUUAGAGACAUGCGUGGAAAUAGGAGAAUCUGUACGAGGAGAAGAUGUUUAUAUUGUUCAAAGUGGAAGUGGAGAAGUUAAUGACAAUCUAAUGGAGUUAUUAAUCAUGAUUAAUGCAUGUAAAAUAGCUUCAGCUUCUCGAGUCACAGCUGUGAUUCCUUGUUUUCCUUAUGCAAGACAAGACAAAAAGGAUAAGGGAGGUGAUGGUACGGACAAGACAGUUGUCAUGAAGUCGAACGAGUGGAAAUUCAGGAGUCGUGCACCAAUCUCUGCCAAGCUUGUAGCUAACAUGUUAUCUGUUGCUGGAGCUGAUCAUAUUAUCACAAUGGACUUACAUGCUAGUCAAAUACAGGGAUUUUUUGAUAUUCCUGUUGACAAUCUUUUUGCUGAACCAGCAGUUCUUAAAUGGAUAAAAGAAAACAUUGCUGAAUGGAGAAAUAGUAUAAUCGUUUCACCCGAUGCUGGUGGUGCAAAAAGAGUAACGUCAAUUGCCGAUCGUCUUAAUGUUGAAUUUGCUUUAAUUCACAAAGAGAGAAAAAAAGCUAAUGAAGUAGCAAGCAUGGUACUUGUCGGUGACGUAAAAGAUCGAGUUGCAAUUCUUGUAGAUGAUAUGGCAGAUACUUGUGGAACAAUUUGUCAUGCAGCAGAAAAAUUACUAGAAGCUGGUGCUACUAAAGUUUAUGCUAUUCUAACUCAUGGAAUUUUUAGUGGACCUGCAAUUAGUAGAAUUAAUAAUGCAUGCUUUGAAGCUGUUGUUGUUACUAAUACUAUACCUCAAGAUGAACAUAUGAAAGAUUGCCCCAAAAUCCAAUGUAUCGAUGUGUCUAUGAUGUUUGCUGAAGCUGUUAGAAGAACUCACAAUGGUGAAUCUGUUUCGUACCUGUUUUCCAACGUACCAUACUAAUAGUCUAAAAAUUAUUAACAUUAUCUCAUUAUAUUACUUUUUUGAUAUUUUAUUCAAUAGUGUCAUAAUAUUAAAUAAGUAAUGACAUCGCAAUUGACUAUUAAUAACUUUUUUUUAUCAACAGUCAUUACUUAUGUUUUUUAAAGUAUGAAUAUUAUAAUUAAUAUCAUGGUGAUAUCAUUGAAUAAGCAAUAGAUGACUCUUUGUGUAAGUGAAGUAUUUUUUUUCAAAAUAACUGUGUAGUAGACACUUUUAGAGUACAUAGUUGAUCAUUAUCAUGUACUUGAUUCAAGACUCCGACUAUUUUUUAAAGUGCAUAUUUAUUUUUUUUUUUUUAAACAUUGAUUCAACUUAGCAAUUUUUGUUUUUUUUUUUAUUAUCAAAUGACGAUCUGGUAUCGUAUUGUUAGUAAGAAUCUUACAAAGUAGUAUCUUUGUAAAAUAUUGAAGAUGAGGAUUUUUUUCUUUUAAAACAUUUACAAAUUAUUCCGUAAUUGAAUAUGUCAAAUUAAUUGAUACUUAAUAUCGAAAAAAUACAAUGAAUAAAAUAGAAUUGUACAAUGAAAUAUUUGAUUGUAAAAAUCUAUAAAAAGUACAAAUAGAUUGUGUCCACAUUAUUUGAGUUAAGAACAAUUACAUAAUUUUUAUAAUUAAAAAAUUGUAAGAAUUAAAAAUUUUUUCUUAUCGUUACAAAUUUUUGUAUAAUUCAAUGAGAUAUUUUAAUUUAAUCUACGCCAUGUAGUUCCUCUAAAAUACAUUGUUUUAUUAAAAUGA